AUGCCUCAUCCCCGCCGCCGGAGCCUGGAAAGCUUCAGGAGGCGGAGGCGCGAGAAGCGACAAUCGCGCGAGGAUCCCGCCGCCAGCAUGUACUCCCCUACGAACAUCACGGCCCAGCAGAUGCCGGGCACCUACAGCGCCGACAGCCCACAGCAACAGCAGCAGCCAUAUCAACCACCACCGCAACAACAGCAACAACCACCAUAUCAGCCGUUGCCACCGUCGCAGCAACAGUCAUAUUCGCCGCAGCAAUAUCCGCCGCAGCAGUUCCCGUCGCAGCCAUACCCGCAGCAAUACGAGCAGCACCAGCAAUAUCAGCAGAAAUACCAGGAGUCGUUUCCGCACCCGACGUCGCUGCCAAUGCCGCAGCAGGCAAUGGCGCACGAUGCUCUCCAGCCCCGAUCCAGAGCCUCGUCCGGCUCUUUAUCGUCGUCCAACUCUUCCUCAUCUUCAUACCUGGAUAUCUCGCGACAGUAUCCUACCGGUCGGUAUGGAGGCUUCUUCAGCGCUUUUAUGAAGGCGCCGUCAGAGCGUCGGCGUCGGCGGCGCAGAGGAAGUGGCACUAAAAAGCGCCGUGGCGUUUUCUUUGGUGGCGGAAACAACUCGUCUCACUCGUCCAUUAACUCGGAUUUGGCCUACGGAACGGGCUUUGUGAAAAAGGAUAAGGAUAAGUCUACGCGCUACAGCAGCUCCGUUGCUGGCUCUGCUGUAUCCGGCGCGCAGCAGCAGCACUACCAAGGCGCAGUCCCCAGCAGGCGUUCCCCUAAGCACCUCAAUGAGAAGAAGCGUGAUAAGACGGAUGAGGAGAUUCUCGCCAUUGGUCGUCAACUCUCAGAUCUGGCACGGCAGUCCAAUGAGGAGGACUUGCGCGCUGCUGGCAAGAGUCGACCUUCUGGACUAGCAUCUGCUGCCGCUGCCAUCAGUGCAUUACGAAAGAGCAGAAGGGAGGGUAAAAAGCGAGGACUUUCUAACUCUAAGAAGAAGCAUCGUGACUCUUCUUCUGAUGAAUCAGACUGGGAGUCAGCAUCCGACGACGACGACGGCGAUUCCUCCGAGAGCUCGUCUAGUGAUGAGAGCGCUUUGCAUCUGGCCUAUGGCGGUAACGAGUCUUCGCGCUCCAACGUUGCCUUAGCUGGAGCCGCGGCCGCGGUUGCUGGGGCGGUUGCUGCUUCUGCCGCCGAGUCAUACCCGACAACUCACCGCAGGAAGAGCUCCGUUGUGGACCCCAGGCUCUUUGGACCGGUCAACUCAUUACGUGGAUUAGUGCACACCCCCUGCGGGUUUGGAGAUGAACAGCAGCCAGCACCCUCCUCUACUGGCUCAGGGCGACAUGGCCUCAAUCGCGAUGAUAAUGACAGACCAGCUACCGGUGAAUCGCAGGCCGAUUCCGCUCAUCGCCCGGGUUCUAUCCCCCUCGAGCAGCCGAUUCCCAUGGUGCCCAUCUCAAACAAGGUCUUUGAAGCCGGCAGACGAGAUUCUCGAAACAGCUACCGCCGCCAGCGAUCUAAUGAGGAGAGCCUUGAUCCUACACUCAGCGGCGGCGUUGCAGCAGCCGCCGCCGCCGCCGCAGCUCGCAUGGCAGAUCGAAGGGGUCCCUGGACAGAAGACCGCAUUUAUCGGGAUGAUGUGAAGCGUACUCGCCCAGACCCUGAUGAAGAAUAUUUCCAGCGAGACCAGGCUCCCUUUGAAGAGCUGGAGCGCCGGAGAGCGAACCCAGAGGUGUAUUACAACCGUCAAAACGAUGAUGUAGAUUCUCCUCGAUCAGAGGCUACUCGCCAAAUGCCUGAUUACUUUAACAAAGAUUCGUCUGGCGUGGCUAGGGAAAGUAGAUCCUGGAUGGAGCUCCAUCCGCAAGAGCGUAAGGAGACUCUUAGGUAUCAAACGACACACGACGUUCAUUUGGAAAGACGUGAAGCGGAACUACGAGAAGUACAGAGGCAACAGGAGCGAGAUCAGCAGCAGCAGACCACUCGUACGACAAAGGCAGGUGAUGGAAAUGUUGAGAGGCCAACCCAGCCCGCUUCAAACACCGAUAUUGACCCUUUCAAAUACCAGGUUGCCGAUGAUGCUUUUAAUACCCCCCAGUUCAACACUCCCCGCCGGCCUCUAACACCUCAGGUUGUGACUGUUGAGCGUGUGCCCAAUUUCGCCGAAUCUUCUCAGCCUCCGUCCUCAGGGCGACAGCAAACGCAUUCGGAUGUCAGACUUAGCCGAAAAGAUACGUAUGAUAUCCAAAUGGCAGAAGAGGAGAGACGGAGAGGAAACGACUCGGGAUCUCGGCGUAGAGACCCUCGCGAUGGGUACGAAUACGAAGAAGAGGAAAGAGAAGCUCGAUCCAUCCUAGACGAAGCCAAACGUUCGACGAUUCCAGUCGCUGCCGUCGCAGUUGCAUCCGCUAUUGCUGUUGAAGAAGAGCGCUCGCGAGAGCGCAGACGCCGCGACUACUCUGACGAUGGCUCUCGUGACCGAAGCCGACCCUAUAAGGACGUUGUCCAGGAGGAAGCCGACAAAUACUACCGCGAAUCCGUAAUUGCUAGAAAGAUUGCUUCUGACGAGAUCCGGUCUCAAAGCAAGUCCCCAGAUGGGUCCGUGGUAGACAAAUGGGAUACACCGCCCGUGGAAGAGCAGAUCACCAUCGUCACACCUCCCAAUAUGGAAGGCAAAGAAUAUGAGGAUGACGAGAACCCUUACGGCGCCCCUAAUGCCGAUGUCAAAGUCGACAACGAGAUCUUUCCUCAUGAAACCGAUAAAUUCAGGGCUACCAGGGGAGUCGAUGCUCCGAGAUUUAUGUCCAAGGAUCCCUCCUGCGAGCGUGAACGCCCUCUAUUGAACAUUGUUCGUCCUACUCCGGUUCCUAGUCCCGAUUCUACGGCGGCGUCCCAUCGAGAACCAGAGCGGCCGAUGGAGGUUCCUGCACCUCGAGAAUUACACGAAGAGGAAUCUCUAGCCGACUCGUCUGAGGAGGAGGCCGAGCCAAAGGGCGAGGCUACUCAAUCGUCACCGAGCGGCAAGUCUGUCUCUUGGGGCAAAAACGAAAUAAAUCGCUUCGUGGUCGAAUCUCCCGAGGCUCGCAGCCGUGCCGAAUCCCCAAACGAGCUGGCUGAGGCGGAGGAAAAACCCAGGCCCCGUCUCAGCAAGUCCAGCAGAUGGGGUAAGAUCGCUGCAGUGAUAGCCGCUGGCACCGCCGAACCGAUCUCCGAGCUUGAUCGAAACACUGAGUCAGGCAGUCGCGAUCUUCCUGCCGACGUCGAUGCAGCGCCUGCUCCGGCCUUUAAGCCGGCUGGCCCUGAGCCAGAGCAGAUGCCUGGGAGUUUCGAUGACGAAGAGUUUGCUGCUACCGUAGCGGCUGGCCUGGAGAAGACCGGGUUCAAUCCUAAUAUCGUAAUUGACGACCCGGCUUUUCGCCGCCGAAAUUCUCGUCCUGAAGCAAAUGAGACCCCCGUGCCUGCAAGUGAUACCCAAAGAGAUGAGCAGAGGCCAAGAGAGGAGAUAGAGGUCGAGGGCGAUCUCUCGUUGACUGAUACGGAAGACGAGCAAGAUGAAAAGACUCAGAAGCAAAAGAAGCUGAAUGCGCUAGAAAAAUAUCUUCAAAAGAGGCAGUCUGGAGAAAUCAAGCCGCCUUCUCAGCUAGAAGAAUCGGCUCAGCCACCAGCUGUGGAAGACCGACCAGUCACUCCUCCUCAAAAGAGUAACAGUGAGCAGCGAAAGGUUCUUGAGGCAUUCCUCCAAAAGAGACAAUCGGGCGAGAUCAAGCCACCACGAGAAGUCCUAGAAGCUAGAGAGUCGUACGACCUGGAGCAAGCCCCAGAGACAACAAAGACGGCACCAGUGCACGAAUCCGACACCGAGCGGCCUCCGAUCAGGAAACUUGAACCAGAGGCUUUACGCGAACUGGAAGAGAACGCCUCUGACUUUGAACCCCCCAUUAAGUCAAAGAAGAAAAAGAAGAAGAAGCGACGAGACCGCCACGAUGAGCUGUCGACAGUCUCCUCUCGCUUUGAUGACGAAAACUCUAGGCUGUCCAUUCCUGGAGACGAGGCAACAGAGCUCUCAAGGAUUUCGGUACCCGGUGACGAAGCUACCGUCUUUAGUGUCGAAGACUGGGAAGACUGGGAUAGUUCUCCUGGGGCGUCCACACGAAAGUCGAUGAUAGCUGGAUCAGAGCUGUCGAUUUCUAGCAGAAGGAGCACUCGAUUAAGGCGCCCACGUAGUUCUACUUUUGACCUCCCCGAAACCAACGGCAGUGAGCAUCCAGGAGAUGAUCGUGUAGAUGACCGUGGCGUGAGUUCUGUAAUUUCAGAGCCUCACGAUGAAGAAAGGAAGCCGAGAAGCCGGGAGAGCAAAUCUUUACGACAUAAUGAUAAUAGCGAGAAACAUGUUUCUUCGCGUAAACCCCGCAAAGUCUCUGGCGGCAAGAAACCCGGCUUCUUCUCGGGCAUCUUUAACAAACCUGGGGGCAAAAACGACCGAACCGAGGUCAUUGAUGAGAAGCGAGAUUCUUUUUUUGAGCAAGCCGGCACUCUAGGCGCGGGUGUCGGCCCAGCGAGCCUUGCUGCAGCUGCAGCAACGGCCUUGACUCGCUCAAAUGCCGCCGAUGUCUCCUCGGAACCGGAGAACAUCUCGCGAGAACUCUCUGGCUCGGACCAAGAGUUUAACGACCAUUACCCUGUGAUUGCUCCCCGGGCAAUCGCAAUUGACCCCCAGUACAGAGAUUUGCUUCCUCUGCCCCCCAGCGAACCGGGAAGUCCCGUGGAGAGUGAUUUUGGCGAGCUACCCGGUCUGCCUGAUAGUCGCCCUGCAUCACCGAUAGAAGAUCGAGACCGGAGAUUCGAAAAGAUUCAUCGCCGGCAACGAAGCAACCAAGACCUAGCGGCAAGUGCCCGCAACCGAUCAUACAGCAACACCGCCGUGCCUCUCGCAGCACUCCUCAGAGGUAUCGGAUCUGGUCCUCCCAGCCCUGUUGCCAACAAGCCUCCCCGUACCCCUCCCCGCCCAACUUCCUGGGACAGCACCAAAGAGUUUAUGCCUCUGAUGCUUCUUGAGCAUUCUCGACGAGGAUCCCUUGAUAGAAGCGUGAAAAGCGAGGAGCUGCCGCCUCUGCCCCCUAGCGAAGUGACAAGCGAAGCCGAGGGUGGGGAUAUCGAAGACUUUCGAAGCCCAAUGCCAUACCCGGACGACGAAUUCCGGCUUCGGCUCCAGACUGAAGGUCUUCCAGUCGAGAGAGCUGUAGCAUCUGGAGAAUCCGAAGGCUCUACGCCAAAGGCCGAUCUGACGUAUGAGCUACCCGCUCGACCUACUGACAACAAUAGGCCAUUCACCAGCGACUACGAAAAUGCUCCCUUUAAGUCGACGCCUUCGUCAGGCCAAUCGGCUAGAACAGUGGACGCCCAGGCCAUACCGAGCCCUACAACUCCUACACGUCGACGUUCACCACCAAAGGAUGUUCACCUACGCCCCGACGAAUUGACGUCAGCAGACGCUUCCGAUGACUUCGAAACCGCACGCACCUCUCCUGCUGAUAUGCACGACGAGGAUCUAUAUGAACCAGAGCUGCCACCUAUUGAGCCAUCGAUGCUCGGCGCUAUCCCGGAAUUUUCAAGACCCGCAAAAUUUUUUGAGGACAAGGUACCGGAACAUUCAGCACUGGCAACUAUGGAUAAGGUGAUUGAGACUUUGCCUAGCAUUGAGAGAGUCCCAGAGGACCAGGCCCGCCAGGGGAGCCCCAGCUAUUCAGACCCGCUAUCAGGAACUGCCGAGGAGUCGCCAGACAAGGGUAAGAAGUACAAGUCCAUUUCAUCGGAAGCAGAGCUCGACCACAGCCUACUUUUGCAGCCUACAGCUGAUGAAACGGCGGCUACAUUCGUCGAAGUUCCAGAACUAGCCUUCAAAAAGGGCUUUGCUCCAGAUGUCGAAUAUACCCCGUCAACCGAGUCCCUUUCUAAAGAUUUCACUGAAGAGAAGGCACUGGCACCAGAGAUUAUUCCCAAGCCCGUGACAGUUGAAGAUGAAUUGGAGCCCGAAAUUUAUGUUCCUGAGCCGGAACUCGAAGCAAAUGCUGAGGAGAUUCCUGUUUUUGAGCCGCUCGACGAGGACCUUGAAGCACCUUACACCGAAGCUGUUGAUAUGAUACCCGUGUCUGAUGAGCUCUUGUCUGAUACGAUUGCCGAAGCAACUCAACGAUCGCAGCCGGAGGAGGAAGUUGAGGAAAUCAUUGUCGGUACUAUUCCCAAGGCGGCGCUUCACUCGGUCCCUGAAGCUCCUGUGCAGGAAUAUCCUAAGAAGCCUGAUGCAUCUACGGUUAUCGAAGACUCAGAUGAAUCGGAGGAAGAGGAGGAAUCAGAAGAAGAAGAUGAUGAUUCUGAAGGUUCUGAAGACUCUGAAGAUUCUGACGAGGAGGAGGAGGACGAAGAAGAACAUGAGCGUGUGGAGAUCAUAAAACGUUUUGAUGAAGAUGGUAACGUGGUUCGUGAUAUGACAGCGUCUAUCGAGACUCUCGGGGCUGUAUCUGUGGUGUCAUCAGGCUCUAAGAAAAACAAGAAGAAGAAAAACAAGAAGAAGAAGAAGAAGAAGAGAAAGAGGAAGAAGAAGAGCAAGACGGCAGCCGCUGCAGCCGCCGCCGCCGCAGCCUUGGCAGCAGCAGAAGCCUCCACCGAGACCCCCGCUCUACCUACUACCGACUCUACUGAGCCUUCUGCCGCACCAGCCGUGGAUUCUAUCACCGAAACCGCUCCCAGUGACACUCGAAAACUCGCUACAGAUCUUGAAAGUGAGACUGAGCCUGCCAUUGAGUCUUCAAUCCAGCCUACGCCUGCUGAUGCGGUAGAAGUGACUGAAGAGGCAACUCUUGAGGUUCCUAAAGACUUUGUUGCUCCUGAGGCUCUGGAAGAGAUCUCACGGGAGGUUACGGAAGAAUCUACAAUUGAAAAGGCGCAAAAAGCCGCUGCAUCCAUUGAACCUCAAAACACCACACUGGCAGAGGCCGAGGAGCGACGGGACAUUCCAUCUGAUGCCGUCGAGAAUGCCAAUGAGGAAGUAGAUCAGCUUGUCAAGUGGGCCGCUACUGAUAGCGAGCCAAUUCCGCAUUCUGACCAUACAGGCGAAAGAGAGAGCUCUCUAGUCGAAGACAAGGCCACUGCUGUUGAAGAACUAGUUGAGACUCUUCUUCCCAUGCAAAAUGAAGCAUCAGAUCCCGCUGAUGUGGAGUCUCAGUUAACUUCUGAAGAGCUUGCCGGUGAAUCUGCUAGACAAGAGCAUCAUGAUGCUCUUGUUGAAGAUCGAGAUGCUCCGGUAGCCGAUGUAAUGCUUCCAAUCGAAGGGGAGACGCCAGUUGAACCUCCUGCUCUAGCUGAAGAGCUUGUUACCCCAGAGGCUGAAGACUCACAUGCUUCCCAUGCUGAUGAGCUAGCAUCUGUUCCACUAGACGAAUCUCCUACAGUCGACCGCGAAUGGGCUGGAGAUGAAAUCAAAGAGCAAGAUUCUGAAGAGAUUGUGGCCGAUCAAGAGCUUGAACACACAUUGUCAGUUCCGUUUCAGGAACUACCCACAAUUAUGGAAGAGCCUGGUCUCGAGGACGCAAAUGCUAUUGAGAGCGAUGACUUCGAGCAAACAGAACAAGAUACUCCGAUCUAUAGCGAUCAAUUGUCCCCUAUACUAGAGGAGACGAUGGAGGAUUUAAUGGAGGAGUCAGCUCCUGCAGAGAUAUCCGAACCAGUGAGCCUGGGAGAGGAUGUUGAGUCAAUGCCAGAACCUGCUUUGGACAAACCGAUUUAUGCGAUUGAUCAGACGGGGGAUGGACUAGACACCCAGGAUGCUGGGGAGACCAAAGAUUUGGAGCUCACUUCUGAACAGCCUGAAGCUGCAACUGCAAUAGAAGACGUCUCAGUAGAGCCAAAGAUGGACGAGAGCUCGCCGCGAUCUUUCGAUGAGGUAGCAGAGACAGUGGGUGACAAAGAUGCUGAUCGAGCUCCUCAGCUACCCUCAUUUGCCUCUGACAUUUCCGAGCCAUUAUUCACGCAAGGCGAUGCUCCUACUGAGUACCCCACACAGCAGUCUCCUACUAGCUAUGAGCCGACGCAGAUGGAUGAGAGUUUUGUAAUUCCAGAGGGGUCUGCUCGGCUGCCAACGGAUGAGCAAGCCGAAUCAGCGGAGGCUGUAGCGGAGCCCGCUGUACUUGAUGCUGUCUACGAAGUCGAAGCCGAGGCUGAGGGAAACAAGGAGCGCUCUAAUGAUGCCAUAGAUAUUAUUCCUCCUGUUGAAGAGGCUAAGGGAAUUAACGAACAAGGAUCCACGGAGACCCCGGAUCUUGGUCUUCCAGGGCCUGAUCUUAAGGAAGCUGAGUCACCCGCAGAGGAAGAGACGAACGAGGAAAAACAGGAAAUUUCUACCUCCGACCUGGGGCUAAUAGAGCAAGCCCUCGAGCCUGAGGUUACGCUGGAUGAAUCUGUGGAACCGCCAGCUCUCGAAACUGACCAUCAAACUCCGACUGACACUGUACCGGAGACAAGAGAACUCGCUUCAGCAGAUGAGAGCCGGGAAGUGGAAGAACAGCAGCCUGACACGGAAAGCAUCGUGCUUAAUGACUCGGCUCCUGAUGCGGACUCAGCUGAAGUGGCACCUGAGGAGAGCUCACAAGAUAAUGUGGCAGUGGAACAACCCUCUAGUCCUGGUUUGGAACUGGACGUAAUGCCUCAGGAAGAUAAAAACGAGCUAGGUUCGACGCUCCCCGAGGAGCAUGAAGCCAAAGAUGAAGAUUCUAUACCCUUUAAAGAAUCUGAGACCAUGUCACCUCAAGAAUUCGAUGAGAAACUGGAUCUAGAACCAAAGCUGGACCAAGAGGCCAACAAUGAUGGGUUGAAAUUGCCGGAGGAGAAUACUGACUUGGUGACUGAUGACGCUGGAGAUCAAUCAAGGGAGGCUGAUGUCGAGGCUGCUAAAUCUGAUAUUCCUUUGGAAACUGGGCCUGCCGAGGACUCUCGAUCAAUGCACGAAGGGGAGCCUAAGCCAGAGGCGGAGGACAACGACCAUGGAAAUCUUGAUGGACAGAAGGAAGAGGGGAAAGCGGACAAUUCCGAGCAAUCUGUAGAAGUUGUUGAUUCGACUAAUACGUUAGACGCCUCAGUGGAAACCAGCUUUCCACAAGAAUCUAAAAUGACAUCUGAACUGGAACAACCUACACUGGAAGCUGAAAUAGAGGCAUCACCAGCCGCGUUACCAAACGUGGACGAGAAAAUGGAACUGCAGCGCCUCACUCAAGCUGAAGAACCUGAGCACCCGGACCUCGCCCAGGAUGGUGCUAUUGCCCCUGUAAGCACUGUGCCAGAAAAUUCCAGCAAGGAGGUUGAGCGUGCUCUCAAAGCUAAGGACGCUUCUACGGAGGCCAGUGAGCUUCAGGAUGAAGAGUCUUUGGAGGCUCAAAAGGGCAAGCCACAGGUGGACAAAGAGGUGACUGACCCUACAAGUGACGGUCAGGAAAAGAGUGUGGCUGAAAACCUAAGCCAAAUCGAGACCCCGGCAGAGGCUGUCAGGGAUGACACGGUUGACACCACAUUGACAGAUUCAGAUCUUGCUGUGGAUGGCAGUUAUAUUCCACUCUUGAAUAAGGAGGAUGAACUCCCUGGCAAAAUACUUUCUCAUCCUCUAGAUAUUUUUGAAUCUGACAUUCCUGACGUUCCUAAUCCGAUCAACAUCGCUGGGUUGAUUGAAGAAAAAUCCUCGGAGGAGCGAGCUGUGACUGAGGAUGAACCCAGGUCUGAAGGCCUUCAGCCAGGAUCAACAUCUGCUGAGCUUCCGUCACUAAAAGAAGCUGAGCGAGAAUUAAGGUUGGAGGAGCCUGAGUCGGAGUCAGCACAAGUCGAAGAGCAUCAGUCUGAAUCUACACCGGAGGUUCAAUUAGAACCCACGCUAGAGGAGAGCCGGCAAGAGCGUACAUCAGAGAUUCUGGUAGAGGCUCAAUUGGAAGGCCCCUAUGCUGAGACUUCUGAUGAGAAUAAGCACGAAUCUGAGUCUAGGGAACUUCACUUGCCCACUUCAGAGGCUAUUCCCCAAGUGGAUGAGGCUACCCAGGAAAACAUCACAACAGAGGAAAUUAUCGUGGAUCUAAUUUCGCAGAAGGAUGCAGCUGAACCUGUUGCGGAGCUUGAGCAAUUGCCGUCUGCUGAAGCCAUCAGUCAGCUAACUGAAAAACAACCGUCUACAGGGCUGGUCAAUCCCCUUGAACUCGAAGUUACUUUGCCAACCGAGCCCGCAGAAGAGGUUUCCCAGGAACUCACAGAAGAAUCCAUUGACCCUCUCGACCCUGUACCCCAACGACCUUCUUCAUCAUAUAGACAUGAAGUGCCGCCUCGUAAAAGCACAUUCCUCUUGGCCCCACCUGAGCCUGAUUAUGGAGAGACAUCAGCAAGUGAGUACGGAGACAGUGAUGAUGAUGAUGAUGACGACUCCGACGACAACGAUACUUCAACUAUCAUUUCUGAUACUGCAUCACUACGAGGGGGGGUAAGACGGUCCAGAUAUCCGAGGCAUAGUGAGUCUACAUCAAGCCUUACUGGCUUCGAGGUAACAGCUGUUCCGUACGCAGAGCAACAUGCCCACCGGGCUGUUCGACCGAAAAAGAAAAAGAAGAAGAAGAAGCAGAAACACAAGCAUAAGCGUAAGAAGUCGACGGCAGGAAGUGAGCCAUCAUCCUCGCUGAACAGCUUGGGUGAGCCAAAGGGACAGGGUGAUGAUACCAACAAUCCUCCCCCACCACACCCUGAGAGAGAAGCACCUCCACCCCCUCCUCAAAGAGAAGCGCCCCCACCUCCCGUCGAGAUCAGUGUCUCAGAACCAGCCACUGCUCUACCUGAAGCCUCAGAGAAGGUAGAGUCUGAGCCUCGCGAGCUUGUGGGUUCUGAUUCAGCCGAGGGUAAGAUUCCUGAAUCAGCCAAGCCAUCAACUUCCCAGCAAGAUGAAAAUGCUGAUAAUGGCGAUGCAUCUCUGCUAAAUCUAACCCCCAUUCCUGAAGAGGUUGUGUCGGAAGAACCUGCGAAUGCCGAUUCCAAGCCAGUAAACGAGCCUGAAUCAGAAAAUCGAGAUGUACCCUCAACAGCUGACCCUGUCUCUUUAGAGGAUGAAUCGGAAAAUCCAUGGGACCUCUUUACGAAUAAAUGGGGCAAAUCUUCUAACAAGAAGCACGGAUCUGCUACGCAAUCGCAAGAAGAGCUUCCAGAAGGCCAGGUGAUUGAAGAUGCACCCCUCGUUGACGAGCCUGCAAAUAUUUCUACGCCACAGCGAAGGAACAGCCAAACAGAGCAGCAGAUAAGCCCCGGCAAUGUUCCAGACAAUGCUGCGAAUAUUGACAAUGGUGCUGAGCCUUCUCCAGAAGAGCAUGGUGAAAAGCAAGAUCAAGAUCCUUCCGUUCCUAGCCCCGGAUCAUCAAUGGAGAGGGGCAUUCGACCAAGUUCAGCAUCUAGCCAAGGGUCCAACCGGCCUUGGUUCACAGGGAUCAGCGGAAGCGUCUCUCUCAUGGCUGAACGGUUUGGUGGUGCCAAGAAGAAACCAACAAGGGACAGAGAUAAAGACCCUAUACCUCCAGACAGAGACCCCAUACCCUCAGACAAAGAAGACCCUAAAGACCAGUCUUUUUUAGGGAAUCCAGCUCCUCGGAAAAGCGGUGACGAGAGGAGCUGGCAAAUAAAUCAAGUACAAACGAUUGACGAUUUCUUGGAAAGUGGCAACGGCCCCACGACUCCUAACAAGCGUAAGAAACGUCAAUCUCAACCUAUUAGGCCUACUACACCAAAGAGAAGUGAAAGUAUUGUGGAAGUUACAAGUCCUGAGUUUGUGGUGGGGAAGAAGUUGCGCAGAAGAGAUGCAUUUAAAGGAGAGCGUGUCGGGAGUGCAGAUAUAGAGGAAGCAACAGAGCUCUUAGAGUCUCUUGGGCCCUUUGAGCUGCUUCGGCGGAGUUCCCAAGUGGGGGAUCCUAUCGGUGGGCUUCUCCGGGAGGCGAAUGCAUCGGAAAUAUCAGUGCUUCCCCCGAUGGAAUUGUCUGAGUUCUCUGACUACGAAACAUCUGACUAUAGGCUGUCGCCCCCACGAACUUUGCCUUCAGUUGAGGAGCUGCCAGAGCCGGAGGCGGAGGCGGAAGCCACAGCUUCGGAAGUUGGCUUCUACAGAGACAGUGGCUUUUCAGGAAGCCUUCCAAGCCGAUCAAGGAGACACAGCACAAGCACGAUACCCAUUGGAGAGGAUGAAGAGAAGAUGCGUGAUAGUGGAGUUGACGGAGAUUGGAUAGAGGCAGCCAUAGCAAAGCUCAAGACUCCCGAGCCUGUAAACAGGGCACCGGAUCGACCCUUGAAGAGGCGCCUACGACGGUCUACGUUGGGAGGCCAAAGACUAGGGGAAACAUCGCUACGAGAUGCGGCUCAAGACUCGGAAAGGAAGACAAUACCGGGAACAAGAGAAAGAGUGUUGACGGGAACAGGAACACGACCGGAAACUCCGACGGGGAGAUCCAGUCCUACCAGGAAAGGCUACGGAGCCAUCGCCGGAAUGGGCAUCGCACCACGACGACUUUCGACAAUAUCGCCAAUACCCUCAUUGUCGGAUCGAUCCGACACUCCUCCGAUGCUGAGACGCGCAGCGACCUCUUUCAGCAUAUCACCGGUGACGGGCCCGUCACCACCGGUGGCAGGCCCGCUGCGAAGCCUACGACGAGCAGUUAGUGCGCAGAUUGCGCCAGGACUGCAGCGCCCAGCGUCCCCAGCGCUGAGGUCGUCGAUAUCGAUCGAACAGCAGCCACGAAGCGUCUCUGACAGCCAGAUCCCGUCCGCCACACGACAGCAGCCAGACCCAGCGCGGGCUGACCCCAGCAAUGGCGGCUCAGCGCCACAGUCCCCGCCCAAUAGCGGCGCGGUGCGCCAGCGGACCCCUGAACGGCUGAAAAUCUCGCACCAGGCCGACGCCGUCAGCGGCAGCACAGUGCGAUCGUCGUCCAUCCCGACGCCGCCGCUACUGAGGCGGGCAGACAAGCGCGGCGGCGACCUGCGAUCGCUGCGCCAGCAAAACACCAGCAGCACGACCAUUGCUCCGCCGUCCGAGGCGCCGGUUGCCAACGAGGGCCGCGUGCGAGCCAAGGACAAGACCGAUGUAUUUGUGAGUGCAAACGACUCUCCUGGCGGUCUCCCACUCAGCUUCACCGCCCAACCUCGUGAUUUUUCCACCCCCCCAGCCAAGCUCCGCCCGGCCGCUGCGAAGCUCUGCAUUCCUCAGCAUCUGGGCUUUUCUCUGAUUGCCUGUCUGUCUGCGUUUGCCGAAGUGCUUGCAUGUCGAGUCGAUGGGCUGGGCGAGGGCCAAUUUGGCUCGCCACGAUCUCCAACAAGGCCACACAGCAUGCGUCGACGCCAGAGUAUGCAAGUCCUCGAGCUCGAGGCCAGGGUCGAGCAGCUCAUAGCAGAGAACCGUCUGCUCUCCGACGCCCGUCACAGCUCCGAACAGCACCUAAGCCACCGUGUUGUCACCGCUCUUUCCGACCGGGACACGCAGAUUGAGGCUCUCAAUCAGAGACUCAAGUUCCUCAAGAGCGAGGUAUCUCGCCUGACCGAGGUCAAUGAGGGCCUCACCAGCGCCAACGCCGAGUUGGCCAACAAGGACAACAGCCGCUAUGCGGAUCUACAGGUCUACGCCGACCGUGAUGGCAACGAGGCUGCCCUCAUGCAGGCUCUGCACGAGAAGGAUGCCCAGAUCGCCGACUUGACGACCAAGCUGGAUGCCGCCAAAGAGAGGAUCCGUGAAUUGCAGCGCCAGAUCCUCGAAUCCAAGGCUGCCGAUGUGCAGUUCCUCAACAUCAAAGACGAAGAUUACUUUGACCAUCGCUGCCAACAACUAUGUUCCCACGUUCAGCAAUGGGUUCUUCGCUUUUCCAAAUUCUCAGAUAUGCGAGCCUGUCGCCUGACUAACGAGAUCAACGAUGAGAAGAUCAUCGACCGGCUUGACAAUGCUGUCUUAGAUGGCUCUGACGUCGAUAGAUAUCUCAAUGACAGAGUCAGGCGGCGUGACAUCUUCAUGUCCAUGACUAUGAACAUGAUCUGGGAGUUUGUCUUUACUCGGUACCUGUUCGGAAUGGACCGAGAGCAGCGGCAGAAACUCAAAUCUCUGGAAAAGCUGCUGACCGAGGUUGGCCCACCCCAAGCUGUACGCCAAUGGCGUGCCGUUACCCUUACGUUGCUCUCCAAGCGUGACUCAUUCAAGAGGCAACGAGACCUGGACACGGAGGCUGUCGUCCAGGCUAUCUAUCAGACCCUAUGCAAGGUCCUCCCGCCGCCGUCUAACCUGGAGGGCCAGAUCCAAGCCCAACUGCGCAGGGUCAUGCACGAGGCCGUCCACCUCUCAAUUGAGAUGCGGACACAAAAGGCCGAGUACAUGAUGCUGCCGCCCCUCCAGCCUGAAUACGAUGCAGACGGCGAGCUUGUACAAACUGUCCAAUUUAAUGCGUCCAUGAUGAGUGAGCGGAGUGGAACAUUGAAGCUUACCAAUGAAGAGCUCGAGGCCCGCGGCGCCAUUGUGCGCGUUGUCCUCUUCCCUCUCGUUGUCAAGAAGGGGGAUGAUGACGGCUCCAACGAUGAGGAGAUUGUGAUCUGCCCUGCUCAGGUCUUAAUUGCUCGCAGCAAGCUCACGCGCCAACCCACGCCAUCUGACGGGGGGAGAGCUUCUACGGGCACAGGCCGCCUGAGCGGUGGCACCAACUCGCCCGAUACCAGACAGGCGAAUGCAAUCUAA